AUGGAGGAGGACCCGCUGAUCCCGCUGGUGCACGUGUGGAACAACGCCGCCUUCGACGACUCCUCCUCCUCCUCCGCCUCCGCCUGGCACGCGCACGCCACCCCCGCCCGCCUCGCCGCCGCCAGGCCCGACAAGGAGAACCGCCGCCCCGAGCGCCACGACCUCGACGUCGACGCCGAGAUCGAGCACAUCGAGGCCGAGAUCCUGCGCCUCUCCUCCCGCCUCCACCACCUCCGCGUCUCCAGGGGGCUCGACGGCCCGCGGGACCCCGCCCCGAAGGCUCAGGCUCAGCAGCGCCCGCGGGCGAGGGGGCUCAGCCUCGGGCCCCUCGACGUCGCCCCCGCCUCCGCCGCCGCAAACCCUAACCCCGAGAACCAGCCGCCGCCUCUCGCCGCCCCCCAGAGGCUGAAGCCCGCCGCCAAGCAGCAGGCCCCCGCGGCGGCGCGCGGCAGCAGGGGGCUCAGCCUCGGCCCGCUCGACAUCGCCGCCGCAAACCCAACCACCAAGCUCCCCGCCGCGCGCCAACAGGGCCCCGUCCCCGUCCCCGCCACCCGCGUCCUCAAGCCCAUCAAGGAACCCCCCGUGCAGCGCCGCAGGGGCGUCAGCCUGGGCCCGAUGGAGAUCCAGCACGGCAUCACCGGCAAGCCCACCCCCGCAACGGCUCGAGCCAAGCCGUUCCCCAGCAAGCUCAACGCGAUCCGAGAAGAGGGCGGCCAGUCGUCCAGGCAGUCUGCGGUGCCCGCCAAGCUGUGGCCGUCGAGCAACGCCAGGCAGCCGCAGGGCGGAGCGGCGGCGGCGGCGGCGCCGAGCAGGGCCAAGGCCAGGAGCUCCAGCAUGAGCCCCAGGUCGAGGCGGCAGUCCGUCGCCAGGCUCACCGCCAACACGAGGCCGUUUGGGGCUACCAAGGCUGCCGACGAGCUCACGCCCAAGGGCGGCGCGACGAACCCCAUCAGCGGCGCGUCCACCUGCAGGAGGCCGUCGGGGAGCUCCAAGGUCAGGGUCGUCCCCAGCCGCUACAGCCUCAUGCCCGGCGCUUCAGCUGGAACACAGGAGCGGCGCCGCAAGGACUCGCUCCCGGGAUCACUGCCGGCGGCGGCGGACUCAACCCAGAAACAGGAAACCAGAGCAACGGCUACCACCACGGAGCCUCUGGACGACGACAUGUCACCUGAAUCACUAGACAAGGUUGCCGAAUUGCUGCCAAGGAUCAGGACCAUGCCGCCUCCCGACGAGACGCCUCGCGACUCGGGGUGCGCGAAGCGGGCCGCCGAUCUGGUCGGCAAGCGGUCUUUCUUCACGGCUGCGGCGGGCGACGGCGGUUCCAUCUCGUCCUACCAGGCCCGUGUCCUCGAAGCCGAAGAACCGGAGGAGGCAGCAUUGGCAGAGGAAGCUUUGGGCAACGAGGAGCAGUGCAUGGUUUUGUCCAGCCCUUCUUCAUGA